AUGAGGCAAAACGUUUUUGACACCAAAGCAAGCAAAGUCAAGCGGAAGAGAAAUAUCUUACGAGUAAAAGGCGCCAAGAAGAAAUUCCCCACCAAAAGUGAACCAAGCGAAAGGUACAAGAAUAUUCUGAAUUAUUACAAAAAUGAAAGAAAAACGAACAAAUUUAUUGAUAAGAGAAAAAGUAAGAAGAAACAUAUAAACAACACAAGGUUUAAGAAAAGGAACAUUUUUAACCUGAACAAUGACUCCUUGUUAAAAGAUAAACAUAUCAGUACAAAUGAUGUAUACGGGGAUGAUCAUUCGGAUGAUAGCUCCUUGGACAAUGAGCAGGACACGUGGUCAGGAGGGGAAUGCCGAAAAUAUAAGGGGAAGAAUGACACGAUGGUGAAUGACUUUGUUCAGGACAAAAUUGAAAAAAAAAAAUUAUGGAAAAUUAAAAAGUACGAAAUUAAGGAAAAGUUACGGGAAAUUGAUAAACAUUUUGAUGUCAUUAAAAAGAGAGUCCUUUCUUUGCCUGGAACAACGGGCGGCGUGAAACAAGAUGAAGACCUCCAAAGGGGGGUGGCCCAGACGUUGACAAAGGUGUCCAGUUGUAACGGGAAAAUGAAGAAGUUAAAAAUGUGGGUGGAUGAAGAAGAGGAACAUCAACGGAACAAAUUCAUGAACGCAAAUAAGCGCAUGAAGAAAGGAACUUCGAGGGGUGAAAAGGGAGCAGACGGGAACAGGAGGGUCCAAAUGAACAUGGAGGUAGAGGAUGAGUCAGAGGAGGAAGUAGAAGACGAGUCGGAGGAGGAAGUAGAAGAUGAAUCAGAGGAGGAAGAAGAGGAUGAAUCAGAGGAAGCUGAUGGGUGGGAUGUGCAAGACGAGUCGGAGGUGGAGGAUGGACUGGUCAUAGAACCCUGGUGGGAAGCAGAAGAUGAAUCGGAGAAGGAUGAGCAGCACGGAUCGGUUCAGCUCAAGGAGGAUGAGUCGAAGUCGCAGUUGAUUGGUCAUAAAAGUAAUGAGAGAGACGAACAAGUGAAAGAAUCAAAGUUGUUCUCGUCCAAAAAAAAAACAAAAACAGAAGAGUCGGAUAAUAACAAGGCAUACUCAAUGUGGUGCCUGUCAGACGAUAGUGACAAUGAAACUAUUAACAAACUGUUUAGUAAAAAAAAAAGACUUCCUUUUAAUGACGAAACGAUGUUGAGCAUAUCGAAAGAAAGAAUGAACAAAAUGUUGGGGAAGUUCGUACAGGAUGGUAACAAAGAAUUGUGUAGCUAUUUUGCAAACGAAUCAGGUGAUGAAAAAGAGGAAAAAUUACCAACCUAUAUUUCUAUAGAAAAAAAACAAUACCAGUUGGAGCAUGUAAUUGCACUUUUGGAUGGUCAUAAUUUUAGUACCCAGAAAAAACUCUUAUAUAGGGUGUAUCAUUUAAAUAUGUUUAAUAAAAAAAAAUCGAAGAGUAUUCCUCAUUCUUCUUUCUUUUUCUCGCUAAUGGAUUAUUGUAUCUUAAAAAUAUACCUAUGUUUAAAAUUUGAUUUAAGCGUACAAGACUUGAUAGCAAAUUACAAGGACAUAAUUGUGAACUUUUGCCAUCCCAUGAAAACGGAGUUGUAUCUCUACAUGUCUUUUCUCCUUUUGAUCGUUUUCUGCAAAACGCACGGAAGGGGAAAAGCCAAUUUAUUUUACAAGAAGAAAAGAAACACCUUAGCGGAGUACGUAGAGUCCAAUAAAUGUGCACACGGCAAGGCGUAUGAUGUGCACAUAUACUCCAGGAUUUUGAAGAGUGCCGAUUUGUUCAGUGACAUUUUCGAAAAGUACAACCCCCAAUUGGGGGAGCAAGACGCAGAAGCAGAUAGGGAUGGAUCUGCCGAUGCGGGAACCAUAACAUACGUCCACUUUGCAGUAAUCCUUUUGGCGCUAAUUAUAUACCCCAUCGAGGGGAACGACAGUAAGCUGCAAAGUCAAACAGGAAAUGGGAGGUCCCAUUUCGAGAAACACGGAGAUGAUGCUGUAGGAGAAAUCAUCCCCAGUGAGCACCUCAUAACGGACAUUAACAAAAAUAGGGUGGAGGACGAAAAAAUGGUUCAUAAGUUUGCACAUUUGCAAGGGCAGAACCUCUUGACCGACAAGGAAGAAAGAAUUCCUCUAAUGGGUUACCUAAUCGAAUUGGUGGAGUAUAUAUUUUAUAAGUACUUUCAUUCGGUCAAUGCUAAUUUGCCCCUUGGUGAGAAUGAUGCGGGUUACCACGACAUCUGUAGCAGCGGCACGUAUACCACUGCAAGUCGCAUGGAGGAGUGCAUACAGAAUGUCGAGCGGGCAUUCUGCCUUAAGCGAUUUGACAUAGACGAGGUAGUUAAAGGAAAAGGGCUCAACCGAGCAGUCACACAGAGCAACAGCAGAACCGAUGUGCAGAGCGACCUCGGGAUCUUUUCCAAAAAGAAGCAACUAAAAAAAGCAGUCAUUUUGUUGAAUAUUUAUAAUAUAUUUCUAGAGAACAGCAAAAAAUACAGCCAGAGUUUCUUUUACCUCUCCUUCAAAAUUUUAAACACCCUUUUGUACGGCAUUAUGCAUGAGGGGGGGACAUCACAGAUGGAAAGAGGCAGUAACGGUGAAAGGAAUUACAGCGAUGAGAAGAUUCUCAUGGAAGAGGAGGAUAUAUAUUACAAACUCUCUUUUAAUACUUUCAAAAAUGUAAUUCUUUUUUUAAAGGCCCACCUGGACAAACAGUUUAACGCCUACAUAUUGAUCAAUCACAUAGUGCGCCCCUGUCUGCUGUUCUUAUGUAUUAACUUUUUAAGUUAUAUAAAUAAAUAUGGUGUGGAAAUGGACUUUUCCAAAAUGGUGGACGAUUUUGGAGGCCUCCAAGUGAGGGAUGAUUACUUGGUUGCUGAGGACAGUCCCUUCGUGAAGUAUCAAAGGAAGGAGGAAAAGUAUUUCCUCUUUCUUUUGUACACAUAUAAGUUAAUGGAGUAUUCCAGUACAUAUGGGAUCACUCCUAUAGUUUCUCACAAUUUGCAACACAGUGGCAUUCAGAUGUUUACACCGAAAUAUGCCAAUAGCAAAAACCCCAAGGACUUUUUCAUUAUGCAGAGCGGGCAAGCGAAGUUUGCAGAGAUGAGGGCCGCACGUAAGAAGAUGAAGCAGCAGAAGAAACUGGACUACAACGAGCUAAGGAAGGAAAACAACUACCUUCUAGGCCUGAAAGCCAGGGAGGAACAGGAGAGGGUGCGUCGGAACCAGGAAAAGUACAAGAAAGUAAAACUCAUGGCCAAGAAGGACGUCGAGGAGUACCACAAGAUGAAGACGUACACCCACUGA